AUGCACGCGAAGUACGUUGUAUGUGCGGCAUCGGCAGUGAGCGGCAUUGUGAUCGUGGCCUGUCUGGCUGUGGCGGUGGUUCUGUGCCACGAUAUCAGCGCCCUGUACAACGAUGUAAUGGAUGAUAUGGUAGAAUUCAAGACACUUGCAAACGAUGCAUGGAGAGAAAUGAUUGCUGUAACGCAGGGAGCGCGAAUAGCUACUGAUUCUUCAGCCGGAGGUUAUUAUUAA